CUGCCCACCCACGCCAGGCGCGCUCCAUUGGCGGUGAGUUCAGACUCAGGCCUCCUUCGAGACCCUUUCGCUCCGCAUGUCGCCCACUUCCGACCCUCUCCCCGUCAGGGGGCGGGAAAGAGCAGGGCCUUCCUCCAACUGCGGGGCGCCCCUCUCCCCCACCCUGCCCUUCCCCCAGCCCUGCAGCCCGAGUGUAAAUGUCCAAACGCGCCCUCUCUGCGUUCCGUGUCCCCCUCUGGGGUAGGGGUCGGAUUAGGGGUCGCGCUGGUGGCCUGGCAGCCUCCUCUGCGGUGGGAGGGGGAAAGGAGGGGUUGGGCGAUUGAGGUGGACCUCAAGACAGGGCAGCCGUGACCCCGCAGGAGCAUGGCCCAGGAGGAGGCUGGGAGCCUGCCCGAGGUGCUGGCACGUGUAGGGGCUGCUCAUGGCAUCCCCGACCUGGCCCAGAAGCUCCGCUUCUAUGACCGCUGGGCUCCGGAUUACGACCAGGAUGUGGCCACCCUGCAGUACCGCGCCCCCCGCCUUGCAGUGGACUGCCUCACACAAGCCUUUCCAGGCCUGCCCCACAGUGCCCUGAUCCUGGACGUGGCCUGUGGCACAGGCCUAGUGGCUGCCGAGCUGCAGGCCCGGGGCUUCCUCCAGCUGCAUGGGGCGGAUGGGAGCCCAGAGAUGCUGAACCAGGCCCGGGCCCGCGGCCUCUAUCAGCGCCUCAGCCUCUGCACCCUGGGCCAGGAGCCUCUGCCCAGCCCCGAAGGAACCUUCGACGCGGUGCUGAUCGUCGGUGCUCUCAGUGAUGGCCAGGUGCCCUAUAGUGCGAUACCUGAGCUCCUACGUGUCACCAAGCCAGGUGGGCUGGUGUGUCUGACCACCAGGACCAACUCGUCUAACCUUCAAUACAAGGAGGCUCUGGAGGCCACCUUGGACAGCUUGGAGCAGGCUGGGGCGUGGGAGCGCCUGGUGGCCCUGCCGUGGACCGCUGGGAGCUGGCUACCUCCGAGCUGGAGGUGGUACCUGGCACCUCUGCCAAGGAUGGCUUCAUCUCCGGCAUCGUCUACCUGUACCGAAAGCAGAAGGCAACCCAGGCUGAGGAAGUGAGAUCCAGCCCCUAGCCCCCAGCUGUCCCCUGAUUCUAUGUGGCCUUAGCUGGGCCCUUCUGAUGGGCCUCCUCUGCCUCCCUUGUAAAAUGGGACCGCCAAACCAACCCUGCCCCUCAGAAAUGCCCUGCCUAUUAAAUGAGCUCCCAGAAGGGGCAAAAGGACUCACAGCUCUGCAGUUCUCUAGCCUCAGAAAACCGUGACAUCAGGCAGGGCGCGGUGGCUCACACCUGUAAUCUCA